CCCCGCUGCUGUGGACCUUGCCAGCCUGGCCGGCUUCCCAGACUCCACCCCGAGCAGGCAGGGCAGCGUGGGCUCCCCGACUUUCUCAGAUGUCUUUGGUCCCUACAUGAGGGCUCCCCGACAGCCCAAGAUGCCAGAGAUAGGGACCAGCCUAGGUCACAGUCAGGCAGCCGGUGUCCUUGCCCAGAUGACUAAUGCCUCAGGGCCCCCGGGAACCCCGCUGGUGUCGGCAACCUGGCCGCAGCUCAGCCUCCCCCGAGCCAUACCCCCCGGGCAGCAGAUGGACCACAUGGGGAACGGCUCCCAGGCUGCCUCCCAGCUCUUCCUCACCACCCCGCUGGCCCGCGGCAUCUCGGGCAUCUUCGUGUGGACCGCCUUGCUGCUCACCUGCCACCAGAUCUACCUGCACCUGCGCUCCUACACGGUCCCCAACGAGCAACGCUACAUCGUCCGCCUGCUCUUCAUCGUCCCCAUCUACGCCUUCGACUCCUGGCUCAGCCUCCUGCUGCUGGGGGGCCACCAGCACUAUGUCUACUUCGACUCUGUGCGGGACUGCUAUGAAGCCUUUGUCAUUUACAGCUUCCUGAGCCUCUGUUUCCAAUACCUGGGGGGUGAGAGCGUCAUCAUGGCUGAGCUUCGGGGGAAGCCCAUCCGGUACUUGGUCACCAUCGUCCUGCAGGCGUUUGGCAAAUACCACGAUGGGGACUUCAACGUCCACAGCGGCUACCUGUACGUCACACUCAUCUACAACGCUUCCGUCAGCCUGGCCCUCUACGCCCUGUUCCUUUUCUACUUCGCCACCAAGGAGCUCCUGCGGCCCUUUGAGCCUGUCCUCAAGUUCCUCACCAUCAAGGCCGUCAUCUUCCUCUCUUUCUGGCAGGGGAUGCUGCUGGCCAUCCUGGAGAGGUGCGGGGUCAUCCCUGAGGUCCAGGUCAUCGAUGGGGCCAGGGUGGGGGCCGGCACGCUGGCUGCUGGCUAUCAGAACUUCAUCAUCUGCAUCGAGAUGCUCUUUGCCUCCAUCGCCCUGCGCUAUGCCUUCACCUGCCAGGUGUACUCGGAGAAGAAAGAGAACUUUCCAGCCCCCACGGCACCCAUGCAAAGCAUCUCCAGUGGCCUUAAGGAGACCAUGAGCCCGCAGGACAUCGUGCAGGACGCCAUCCACAACUUCUCACCCGCCUACCAGCAGUACACGCAGCAGGCUACGCACGAGGCCCGGGGGCCCAGCCAAGGCAGGGAUCCCUCACCCGGCACCCACCCCAGCGUGGACAGUGGUUCCGGCAGCGGGGGCAGGAAGAGCCGCAACAUGGAGAAGAGGAUGCUGAUCCCCGAGGAGGAGCUGUAGGGGGUGCCUCGGGGUCACCAACCCCGGAAAGGACAGGGCCCCUCACCCACGAACCAUCUUGCCAAAGGUCAGGCCUCUCCUGGGCACCUCCUGCCAGACCCACGGAGCCCCAGUCCCAGCCUACCUCCGGACAGUGCAGCAGGUCGCUUGGUGGCCCUGCCAGGCACCCAGGUGCCACACCAUCGCCUGGUGGGCCCACGGCCCCGGAAGAGGGCACCUGAGCCUGUCUGACAAGCCCUGGGACCUGCGGGGCUCAGCUGACCAUCAGGCCCCAUGGGGCAGGGAGCCAGCGUGGCUUCCCUGGAUGGACAGAUCCCCAGCCAGGCAGCUGUGGGAGGACGGUCAGGGAGAGCAGGGCAGGCCAGCCCCGAAGGCCCUAGAGCUGCAGGCCUUGCAGGCAGGAGGGUGCCACGCGGGCUGCGGAGGUGGGGUGACCACGAACCUCGCUGUGGCCCCACGGAGGGAGGGCCGAGGCCAGCCCCCCAUGUCAGCGGCCCCCACUGAGGGGCUGUGCCUGAUGUGGGUCUGGGAGACGUUGGGGCCACUCCUGGAGGGUGCCUGGCGUCCAGUGAAUCACGCUUAUUUAUACAUAAAGAGUCUAGGUUUUUCUAGUGACUCCUGUGGCCUGUGUUCCUGCAGGGUCGGCUCCGCUGAAUGAGGGAGGCGGUGAGCCCACGGUGCUGAGCCUGGGUGUAGGGGCAGGGUCCCCGCCCACCCCGGGGCCGCAGCUCCGAGCAGGCAGACCUCGAGCUGGGAGACGUGAGGCGGAACAGGCCUCCCUGCACGGCCACCAGAGCCGGGCCCUCGGCUUCCUCAGUGUUAGGGGCCUCGUGCCGGCCCCGCCCACACUGGGUUAACGAGGCCAAGGUGGGGCUUGUACCUGGAGCCUGCCUCCCCAGACCUCUCGCCCGGUGCCAGAGAGCUGAGGGAGUCUGGGACGCAGGAAGGGGACAGCAGCAGCAGGGAGUGAGGGGGGCCCUGGAUGUCAGGGGCCACCACGUGGGGAGGGGGCACCAGGGGUGAAGAGGCAGCUGCGCGUUGCAGGUCUGUCCAGUGUGUCUGGGGUGCUCAGUAGGGUGGGGUGGGAGCCAGGGGAAGGUGCAGGGUGGUGGGCAGCGGCCCAGGUGCCUGAGGCUCAGCAGGCAGGCGUGGGGGGGCGGGCAGCACUGUGGCAGGAAGGCCUGGGGCACCACCAAGCCGCAAGCCUCCCGCGCCUCUAGGCCGCCAGCUCCCACAUCACCAGGGAAAGAGAGAAAGGUGUCGAAGGUCUCGGAGAGACUCAUCAGGGUGGGAACUGCCCGACAAUCCAGGCCAGAGUCGGGUCACCCCCGCCCCCUUGCUCCUUGGGCCGGGGGACACCGGACUCAAGGCCAGCAGCCUCUCCCAGGGCCCAGCCGGCUGCCUGAUAAGAUAGGCCAGCCUCCUCCCCGCUGCCCGCUGGAAAGUCCCCGGUUGCCUUAUCGUGCCCUCUGUGGCUGGCAGAGGUCCGCCCAGCCUGUCCCCACGAGGCUCCCAUGGCCAGGCCCCCCACGUCUCACUCAGUUGAUGUGGGAGCGGCCGUGGGUCUCCCCGGGGACGGGCCAACCAAGGAGGGUUUUCUGGAUGUUGCAGGACAGAGGCAAGGUGCCAGGCUGCACUGUGAGUGAGGGGGGCGGUGCUGCCCCGAAGGCCCUUGUCUGGAGAGGCCCCCCAUUUGGGGCCUGAGUUGCCCAGAACUGUGUUCCCAGAGGGUAAGGGGACCAGGGCCCCCCUCUGGAGACGCAGACACAGCAUGGGCUCCUGGCUGCCGGGGGCAGUCCUGCCACCUGGCACUUUGAGGGGCACCCACUGUGUGCCAAGGGCUGGGCCAGGAAUCGCACAUGCAAUCCUCAUGGCAGCCCGGGGGAGGUGGCUGAGGCCCAGGGAGGCAGAGCUACAUGCUCGAGGUCACAGAACCAGCAGGGGAGGCCAGCUCUCCAGCCAACCCUGCCCCACCGGCCUCUCUCCCUGCAGCCAGACUUUUCUGAUGUAACACAGUAAGAGAAGGCCGGUGCUCCUGCCACCCGCGGGUGGGACAGAGCCUUGGAGCAGGUCAGGGGGCUGCCAGCCUCAUGGGCCUGACCCUGCCAAGGGCGAGGUUGGGGGGAUGGAGGGACAUCUCGCCAUCUCUGAUGAAAAUCAGGCACACAGAUUCCAGGCUGCACUGUGUGGGGUGAGGAGUGGCCAAGGAAGGUCACCUGGCUUGUCCUGGCCUCGGUGUCCUCAUCUGUGAAAUGGCCCCAGAAAUAUACACCAAAGGGCAGCAGCCCAGGGAGCAGGCAGGGGCCCUUCACCGUGUCCCGGGAGCCCAGCGCCAGGCCGGGGCCUGUGCCUCCCAGCUCAGACCCACAAGUUGUUGUGGCCGGCUCUGGUCUCUGCGCUGUUGCUUGGGGGCCCCUGAGGAGUGCCAGGCUGGGGCUGGGGAGCCGCCAGGGCUGCUGCGGGGCCUGGCUUAGCUGGGGGAAGACACUGAGAAACUCGGGGCUACAGAGCCCAACGUGCUGAGUGCAUGUGUCCCCACACCUGGAGGGGAGAUCGAGGCUUGGAGAGGGAAAGGGCCGGCCCAAGGCCGCACGGGGGCCGGCACAGCGGCACCUCCCCGGCUACGAGGGGCCGCUCCGGUGGGCUCAGGCAGAGGUGGGGCGCAGGCUGCCAGUGGUCAGGAACUCACCUGACCCUCCUUCAGAGGCCAGGGCCAAGCACCAGCCGACCUGUCUGUCCUAGAGGGUCAGCGCGGUAGGGAGCGGGCAGCACCCUGAGGACACGCCCCCCCCCCCCCGCCUGACCCCGGCCAGGACCAGGCUGGGCAGGGCCUGGCUUUCAGGGGCAGUCUGCUCAGUUGCUCUGCCCCCUGCCCCAGGCAGGGCCUGUCUCUCCCAACCUCUGCAAGCUCCCCCUAGAGCCCAGCCAGCAAAGCCGCCCAGGGACAGGGGGCUGUGUCUGCUGACGGGGGCUCUGACCAGGGCAGGUGGGGGCCUUGGGAACCCCACCCCCCAUCCAGGAAGGGAGUGGGCCUACCUCCACCUGUCCGCCCCCCACCCAGCCGGGGCCGUCCUGACACGCAGGCUCCAGACAUCCCAGCACCUGUCCAACCCCGUGACCCGCUCCCAAGCAGCACCAGAUGCUGCCACUGGGCCCCAGGGGAGGCUACGCUGAGGGGUCUGGGACAUGGGGGGCACAUGGGGCCCAGCACACCCAAUGGCCCCCUGGGUGGUGGGGAGGUCUUGGCCUGAAGCACCAACCACGCAGCAAGAUGGAUCUGAAACCAGAAAACUCUUUAUUGCAAAGGCACAAAAGCGUCACAGCAGAGAUGCAAUAAAUUAGGUGUGGCAGGGGGGGCAGGCGCGGGCCACGCGUCGCACAAACAGGGGCCACGACGUAGGGUCUCUUCUCAAUAAUUUAUAUCAUGAUAAAAGCAGCACAAAAA